AUGGGUGAUGUAGAUAAUCCCAUGCCUCCUUCUAAGAAGAGCGUUGCAAGCAAACAACUCUCUAGAGAUGAUGAUCCUGAUUGUGAGGAAGAGGUUUUUGGUCAAGAAACUGGAACUUUUAAGAGGGCUAGUGAUGAAGUCCUUGCAAGCAGAAGGAUUGUUAAGGUUCAUCGCAACACAACAUCCUCCACUAGGGCUGCCAAUCCAUUUGCAGGCUUACGUUUGGUCUCCCCUACUGCACCUCCCUCUGUGGAGGAGUCUGAAGCUAAAACCUCUGAAACUACCCUGUAUGCAGGUGCUGAUGGGCGACCUCCAGUUGCCCAAGAGGAAGGGGCAUCUGAGGCUAGAGAUAACCAUAGUGAUGGCAAAAAUAAUAAUGAGGUUAUGUCAGUAUCUGAGACAAAAGUAGAUGAUACAACUCUUACUGAGGCCAAAAAAGUAUGUCAGACAAAAUCAGCUGAAGCUGAUUUGACUGUUAAUAGUGGUGGAGAAGUCAAAGGAAAGGAGGGAGAAGCCCAACUUGAACCAGCAGAAGCUACUAAGGAGAAUGGAGAGCAAAAUAAAAAUGGUGAAAGCGAAUCCCAACUUGAACCAGCAGAAGCUACUAAGGAGAAUAGAGAACAAAAUAAAAAUGGUGUAAGUGAAUCAACAGAAAAAACCCUUGAGCAAUCUACUGAAGUUAAGGAAACCAACAAAGAGGACAGUGUCAAGGAAGUGCAUCGGCAAGAACCAUCUGCCACAGUUAAUUCGUUCCAACAGCUCUCCAGAAAACAGAAUGCAUUUGCAGGUAUCUCAGGAACUGGUUUUUCUAGCUCCUCGUUUUCAUUUGGAUUUCUCUCCAAAUCAGGAACUUCCAGUCCAUCUUCUUUUGGCUCGGCAUUCAGCUCACGCUCCUUAACUGGUAAGGGAGCUUUGUUUGAAACAAAGGCACCUGGCAGUGAUGGGCUGUCUCCUUCUAGUGCCAGUAAUGGUGGUGCCUCUAUUCGGCCAUUUGGAGCUCCAGCAUCAGAUAAUGUUUCAGGUAGUGUAAGUGGGUUGCCAGCUUUGCAGGAAGUGCCAGUUGAAACGGGUGAAGAGAAAGAGAAAGCAGUGUUUACACCAGAUUCUGUCUUGUUUGAAUACAUCAGUGGGGCUUGGAAGGAACGAGGUAAGGGUGAACUUAAGGUUAAUUUUUCCACUGAAGAUACAGGAAAGGCAAGACUUGUGAUGAGGUCCAAGGGUAAUUACAGGCUGAUCCUUAAUGCAAAUUUAUUCCCAGAUAUGAAGCUGGCCAACAUGGAUAAGCGAGGUAUUACUUUUGUUUGUAUGAACAGCGCUGGUGAAGCUAAGGAAAACCUUUCCAUUGCUGGUGAAGCUAAGGAAAACCUUUCCAUGUUUGCACUGAAGUUUAAAGAUGGUUGCAUGGUUGAACAAUUCCGUGGAGUUGUAGAAGCAAAUAAAGGUAAAACAUCAGGUGAUUUGAAAACCCCUGAGAAUUCUUCCAAGUCAUCUGAAGUAUGAAGCUAUUGAUAGCAGAAUGUGACUUUGCAGUGGGAUAUGAGAGAACUUAAGAUGCACUUGGUAGUGUCAAAGAUGAUGUUGUCUUAUGGUCUUUUUUGUUAGAUCCUCUGUAUCUUACAUUGAUUAU